AAUUGAUUAUGUAACAUGUUCCCAAUCACAUCGUCGUCAGAGUGCGAGGAUGUGAGUGAGGUCGCUUUAAGGAGUAUCUGAGCUGCUUUCAAUCUCCAGCAGCAGGACACCUCCUCCUACCUUUUUCUCAGACAUCACCACUAACUCUCUGGCAUUGUGGCUCACCUGGCGACUCCAAGUCAUCACGAGAGACUACAUCCUGGUAGAAAAUGAAGACUACUGCACAGAGGAAAACAGAGAAAGGCUCUAGAGACCUCAGUGCAUUCUAAAAAUAUCCAUGUUAACUGGGAAGGCUGGCAGUGAAUGAGUUUUGAAGCCAACAUAAUGGAGCAACCAGCCAACACCAAUUACAACCAAGGCUUGUGGAAAGAGAUUCCGUGGGAUUUCACCGAGGACUGCUCGCUCUCGUUAGGCAGCACCACCUUCCUCAUCGUAGCCUACAGUGCAGUUCUGGCACUAGGUCUCGUCGGCAACACCUGCCUGGUAUUCGUCAUCGCCAGGCACAAGGAGAUGCGCAAUGUCACCAACAUUCUCAUAGCCAAUCUGUCCUUCUCUGACAUCCUGAUGUGUAUCGUGUGUCUACCAGUCACGAUUAUCUACACGCUGAUGGACCGCUGGAUCCUAGGAGAGACUCUUUGCAAGCUCACGCCUUUCUUCCAGUGUAUAUCAGUCACUGUGUCCAUCUUCUCGCUGGUCCUCAUCGCAUUGGAGCGCUACCAGCUCAUUGUUCACCCCACCGGAUGGAAGCCCAUGGCCAGGCAGUCAUAUCUAGCGGUAGCGUUCACCUGGAUUACCGCCUGUUUAAUAUCCGCGCCUUUCAUCAAGUACAGCAUCCUCACGUUUCCUCUCGAUAACCUCACUGUCCCAUUCACAAUCAAUGAAAAAUUAGUUUGCAUGGAGCUGUGGCCGUCAGCUGAAGCGCGCCUGGCUUAUACCACCUCUUUGCUCAUCUUUCAAUACCUGCUCCCCCUUUUUCUCAUCAUGCUGUGCUAUCUGCACAUCUAUCUGCGGCUGCGCAGGAGGAAGGACAUGGUGGAUCGCGGCAGAAACACCACACAAAAGAAUAUCAAAGGCGCCACGAGGAUCAACGUCUUGUUGGUUUCCAUAGUGGUGGCGUUCGCUCUCUCCUGGCUCCCUCUCAAUAUCUUCAACACGGUGUUUGACUGGAACUACGAGGCCAUCCCAAAAUGCCGACACGACGUCAUCUUCUCCUUCUGCCACCUCAUCGCCAUGGCCUCCACAUGUAUCAACCCGAUCAUCUAUGGGUUCCUCAACAAUAACUUCCAGAAGCAGCUCAAAUCCACCCUGUUGCACUGUCGCUGCUGGGGUGUCACAGAGCGAUAUGAAAGUGUGCCGCUCUCCACUGUUAGCACAGAGGUCACUAAGGGGUCAGUCCUCAGUAAUGGCUCCAACAGCAUCAAUACUUAAAGUGAAGCCUUUUGCUGACAAACAAAGGAACUCUUCCUCAGUUCCCGUUUGACUCUUUCAAGGCUUAUUUUUUUGUUCAAUGCAAAAGCAUGGUUGACAUUUAAAGAAAGCCCGACAAUAACCGUCCACAGGGAAGUAAAGUCACGUCCCCGGAAUGACUGCUGCCCUAAUUGUUAUGGUUCCUGACAAAAAGGAAGUGACAAAAUGAAAGAAUAAGGGUGGGAGUGACUUGAAGUAAUAAAGGAUGACUCCAAGACACACUUGACAUAAAAACAUAGUGCAUCUGCACCCUGUGGGAACAUAACAUAUUAUUUAGAGCCAUGUUUUAAUGCUCAAGUCAUUGUACUUUGAUAUUUUGCAGCUCGCUUUACAAACUGUAAUUCUGUAUGUCGGAAACCUCAAAUGACGUGACAAGAAAUAGGUGGGUGUAUUGCAAAUGCUGACAGUAUUGAUGACUAAAAUAGUGUGACCGGUGAUGUGUUGAUGAUUAUUGACAGUGUGGGCUAUUAACAAAGUUGAAAGGGAGAUUAUGACAUUAUGUUUUGGCUCUGGGCAUUUACAGUUUGUGCAGUAUCAUUAUGUGUUAUUACACAAAUUCACAAACAUUAUAAUAAACCUCGCAAGCAAAGACAUUCUUUAUUGUUGCAUUGAUUUCUUAAAGGGAUCCAUCGAUAGAAAGACUUGUAGUACUUAAAAGAUAAACUUUAUGAGUUAAAAUAAUUUGAUAUUGAAACCCCUCUUGAUGUUUUCGUUUUUAUACAAUUUUUAAAAUUAGUUUAACUGGUAGGUCGCCUUGUUGUUGUUAGGUUACGCUGCCGGUAUUCCAGAGUAUGACUCUAGCGACAUAAACAUGUCAUCUGUUCAAUUCUUUCAAUUUGAACCCGAGAGGACCAUUAAUGAGCGUGACAGCACUGUCGAUUUUUCACAAAACGAGCAGCUAAAGCAAAAUGAACAGGAAAGACGGGAUGAGACGAGAGUAUGACAAAACCCGUGUUCUGCCAAAAUGUGCUACACCGGCAAAACAUUCUACAAGAGGCAAAUCUGACAGCCGGAGUACUACCGUGCGCUUUCAGCUUGAUUUGUUUAGAUGCAUACCGAUAGAACAUACUAAAGAUGCCUUAAGAAAAUACUCAAACAUAGUUAUAUCAAAUAAGGGUGGUUUAAAUAUGCUACGUGACUAAUGUGGUCAACAGAUCAACAAUCUGCUUUAAAGCUACCACAAGAAAACAUAAUGCUUAAAUGUAUGAGAGGGAAACACAUGCAAAAACUAUUUUGAGGCAAUGAAAAAGAAUAAAAGACUCAAUAAAAACACAAAUAGUAUAUACUCGCUGCUUUUAAGUGAUCACCUUUCCACAUAGAAGGAAUUGCAGUAACCCGGUAGUGUUCGUCUAGUGAAAGUAACAAAUUACGUCAUCACCCCGAGCGUCCAUUGCGUGCAUAAAACAUGGCGACCUCCGUAGGUCAAAACAUGAACUAAAUAUUAUAGCUUUUUAAAUCAAUGGCAAUAUUUUAUGUUAUUCUAAUGAAAUAUUUUAGUAAAAGAUAUCAAUUGAGGCUUAUUAGAGCCUACAAGUCUUUAAGUCCAAGGUUCCCUUUAAAAAUACAUUGUCCCAUGCAACAAUCAAGUGCCCCUAAAAAGGAAAGACAAAGAAAAAUGGGCAUUUUAGGCCAAGCUAUGAUUCCGAAGCUGUAUAUAAGCCUGCUAAAUGAAUGUAUGGCCUCUAUAUCAUAUGAGUUUAAUUUAUUGUGAGUUUGACCAAAAAAACAACAAAAAAAGCAUUGUGUAGCACAGCAGUAAACAUGUUAUUUUUGCUUGUGGAUUGAAUUAAAACAUUUACUGUUA